AUGGGGUUAUUGUCACGGAAAGCCACUUGUAACACUCAUGGGCAAGAUUCUUCUUACUUUCUAGGAUGGCAGGAAUAUGAGAAAAACCCCUACAAUGAAGUCAACAACCCUAAUGGUAUUAUCCAGAUGGGUCUUGCAGAAAAUCAGCUCUGCUUGGAUCUUCUUGAACCAUGGCUGAUGAAAACCCGGACGCACUGGGCAUUGGUUGAUUUCAUGGGUGAAAUCCGAGGAAACAAAGUAAGUUUUGACCCAGAUCAUGUAGUUCUCACUGCUGGUGCAACCUCCGCCAAUGAAACUCUCAUGUUUUGUCUCGCUGAUCAAGGCGACGCUUUUCUUCUUCCUACGCCAUAUUACCCAGGUUUUGAUAGAGAUCUGAGGUGGCGAACUGGGGUUGAAAUCGUACCCAUACAUUGUACGAGUUCUAAUGGCUUCAAAGUCACUUUACCCGCCAUUAUAUUUGUGACAUAA